UCAUUACAACUAUCGGAAACUACUCCAUUGAUACGUGAGGAUACAUCAAUCAAUGUUAUUCCAUCCAGCGAUGACACUACCCCGACCCCCUCACCAGACACUCCUCCACCUCGAAAGAGAAUGCUCAGUCUCGACACAGCCAGAGGUCUAACAAUAUUCGGAAUGAUCCUUGUUGACAAUCAAGGUGGACCUGAGGUGAUAUGGCCAUUGAGUGAGACCAAUUGGAAUGGAAUAUCCACGGCCGAUCUCAUCUUCCCCUCCUUCCUCUUUAUCUGUGGAUUCUCAAUCGCACUCGCCUUGAAGAAUGCCAAGAAGAAUGAUCGAGCAACCUGGAUCAAUAUUAUUAGAAGGACAAUCUUGUUGUUUGGAAUCCAGUUAUUCCUCAACUUGAUGGCUCAUAAGUUUGUAUUCUCAACGUUUAGAGUGAUGGGUGUACUCCAGAGAAUAUCAAUUUGUUAUUUCUUUAGUUGUUGUAGCUUCCUGUUACUUCCAAAGUGGGCUCAAAGAUUGGCAUUGAUUGGAAGUGCCACUAUCUACCUCGGACUGAUGUAUGGCUAUCCUGUUCCAGGUUGUGGACGUGGUGACAUCACUCCAACAUGUAACGCAGCCGCCUAUAUUGACAAUCUAAUCCUUCGAAAGAAUAUUCACAUACUCACACAAUCAUACAGGAUGCAUCCAACUGAUCCAGAGGGCAUUGUCUCGACAUUCAGUGCAUACAUCACAACAUGGAUGGGACUGGAACUGGGAAGAGUGUUCACAACAUAUUAUAAGAAGAGCGACGAUGAUUAUAAGAACAUCUUGUUGAGAUGGCUUGGUAUUGGACUGGUUUGUGGCAUUGGCGCAGCAAUGUUCUCCGCCACGAUCAUCCCAUUCAACAAGAAGAUCUGGAGUUUCAGCUUCGCAUUGUUGACUGUGGCCUGUGGCGCAUUGUUCAUGUCGUGGGCCUACCUGACAUUCGACGUGGUGGCCUGGCCGCCCAAGGUCAAGGUGUGGGUGGACCGCGCCGCCCAGCCCUUCCUCUGGAUCGGCAUGAACCCAAUCACCAUCUACGUGUUGAUGAUCUUCAUCGAGAUCAUACUGAUGUUCUACAUCCGAGCCAACAACCAGACACUCUGGUACGAGAGCUACCUCGUGCUCUACAAGUCCUGGCUGCGCAAUGGUUACCUCGCCUCACUCGUCUUUAGCAUUGGCUGGUUCCUCUUCUUUGACGCCAUCGCCUACACCAUGUUCAGAUUCAAGAUCUUUGUUAAACUCUAA